AUGGCGCCAACGCCGCAGACUGACGGCGGCCUGAAUGCCAUUGCUCUGAUAUCUGGUGGCAAGGAUAGCUUCUUCUCCGCGCUGCACUGUCUGGAGAACGGCCAUCGCAUCGUCGCCCUGGCGAACCUGCACCCGCCACCGCCGCCGUUGCCUCCGUCGAAAGCUGCCAGUGGCAAGUCGGGCUCUGGCUCUGGCUCUGGGCCCGCCGCACAGUUGCCCGGCGGUAGUCGCCAUGAAGGUUCUCAGCCUCCUGACGGCGGUGCUAGUGGUGAUCCAGGCUCCAGUCUGGCACAGCUGGAGCUGAGCAGGGACCAGCCCCAGCAAGAUGGCGCGAGCGUCAGUGAUGACGAGGAGACGGACCUCAACUCGUUCAUGUACCAAACUGUCGGGCACCAGGUCAUCCCACUCUACUCCAUAGCCACGGGAAUCCCGCUGUACCGUCAGCCCAUCGUGGGCGGCGCCGUCCAGAGCGGGAGGGACUACUCGACCGCCUCCACGACCACAGACGACGAGGUGGAGUCGAUGCUCCAGCUGCUGGAGAGGGUCAAGGCAGCCCACCCAGAGGCCAACGCCGUCAGCGCCGGUGCCAUCCUCAGCACGUACCAGCGCACCCGCGUCGAGUCCGUGGCCACCCGUCUGGGGUUGACGCCGCUGGCGUACCUUUGGAAGUACCCCACGCUCCCGCCCCCGCCGGCGGCCGCGGCGGUUGGUAGCGUGGACGAGGCUCAGCUGCUGUACGACAUGGGGUCGGCAGGGCUGGACGCGCGCAUCAUCAAGGUCGCGUCGGGGGCGCUCAAUGAGAACUUCCUGUGGGAGAACGUCGGCAGCGCUAAGGGCACGAUGAGGCUCAAGGUGGCCGCGUCGAGGUUCGGUGGCGAGGGUGCUGUGCUAGGCGAGGGCGGCGAGUUUGAGACCCUCGUUGUUGACGGGCCGAGCAGGCUGUUCAAGAAGAGGAUCGAGGUGGGCGAAGAGGACAGGGUGGUUGUUCCAGAGGGUGGAGACACUGCGUGGUUGAAGAUCCGAGACCCCAAGGUCGUGGACAAGGUGAUCAACGAGGCUGAUGAGGAUUCCUUGGUCAUUAGGAGACCAGAACUUCUCGAUGAGAGGUUCCUUGCGACGCUCGAGAAUAUGCAAUCCGUUGAUGAGACGGAUGUGACCGAGGUUGCUGAAGUACAUGUUCCUACCUCGAGCAUGAAGCCUACACUUCAAACUUGGGCAUUCAUCGGUCAUCCACAACACGGCGAGCUCUCGAUAGAGGCAGAUACCAGCAUCCUGAUAGAUGCAAUCCGCUCUCGACUCAAGCAGCAUGAACUCGCGCCGAGGGACAUUGUCUCAACCGUCGUCAUCCUUGGGUCAAUGUCUGACUUCCAAACCAUCAACAAAGUCUACGGCUCUCUCUUCACCGAUCCCAACCCGCCGUCCCGCGUCACUAUCGCGUGUGGUGAUAUCCUACCACAAGACACAAAGAUCGCCAUCUAUGUCUCUGUACCAAACGGAGCAAGCGCAGCCGACAGGCAAGGCCUGCACGUACAGUCAAGGUCAUACUGGGCGCCCGCCAACAUCGGUCCCUACAGCCAGGCCAUAACCGUACAGCUGGGGCCCACGAAAGAGCUUGCCAACGCGCCCCGGGUGGCCCACAUAGCAGGCCAGAUCCCGCUCGUGCCGGCGACCAUGGAGCUGCCGGCGGACGGCGGGCUGGAGACGCAGCUGGUGCUCUCGCUGCAGCACCUCUGGCGCAUCGGCGUCGAGAUGGGCGUGCAGUGGUGGACCAGCGCGGCGGUGUACUUCCCCCGCGCCAGCAGGUCCAAGUACGACCUCCCCGCGCGGGAGAAGGCGAUGCUCGCGUGGAGGGCGUGGAGGGCGGCGCACCUGUGGGUGUCGCCGAGUGUCACCGACGACGCCUCCGGGCCGGAUAUGUGGGACAGGAGGUUCAAUGCCAAGUACCUCUUCUACGGCAACGGCGAGGCGGACAAGGCCAAGAAGACUAGCCUGCCUUACUACGCCGACACCGCCGGGGCCGCGGCCGGGGAGGACGACGACGAGGACGGCGACGAGGACGAUGGGCCGAGAACUAGGAGGCCUGUGCCGUUCUUCCUCGCCGCUGAGGUCGACGAGCUCCCCCGCUCCGCCGAGGCCGAGUGGCACGCCCACGCCGGCCUUAUCCACGUGCCGUGGGAGGAGGAAGAUGGUGCGGGCCGGUUCGCGGUCUACGACACGAUGGACAGCGGCAGGUGCCAUGUCAGCCACUCGGCCGUCGUGCUUGAGAAAGGUGCGGAGGCCCACACGUACCUCCACAGCGCGGUGGCCAUCGAGCCCCCUCAAGGCAGCGAUGUCGCGCAGCAGCAGCAGGCCGCCCCGGCUCUGGCGGCGCAGAUCGAGGAGGCUGACAAGCUCAUAGCCACAAGCUAUAAGAACCGCUUCGGGUGCGCGCCGUGUGUCGGGGCUGGAGGGGCGGAGACUGAGCGGGCUGUACCGUACCUCGUGUAUGUGAACUGCGAGGUCUUCGAACCCGCGCAGAUCGGGUCCGUGAUGAGGGAUCUGGGGCUGGCUGCCGUGCCAUGCGCGUCUCUCUAUGGUGGGCCUGGCGGUGGAACUCAGUUCGCUUUGGUGGCGAUGUAUAGGACUUUGAUGGGGUCAGUUGUGGAUGAAAAGCAACAGAUCUGA